GCCGCACCUGGGGGGCGGGAGGGGGCGGCCCCUCCCGCAGUCCCCGCUCCAGCCGCCCGCUGCCAGCACCCCCCGGCCGCAAAAUGAGCUUUUUCUCCCUUUUCUCCCCAAAGGAGCGGCUGUCCCGCUAGCGGGGAGUGCUUGCCAUGGACAGUGACCACGCGGGCAGGUACCGCCUGAGCGUGGCCACCAGUCCGCCGCGCUGGGAGGUCGGCAUCUACGCCGCGGGCGCACUGGCGCUGCUGGGGAUCGCGGCCAUCAACCUGUGGAAGCUCUGGCGCUCCGGCAGCUACCCGGCGCCGUCCCCCUUCCCCAACUAUGACUACCGCUACCUGGAGCAGAAAUACGGGGCGGCGUGCUCGGAUGUCAAGCACAAGCGCGGGGCCACCGUGGGCUCGCAGCGGGGGCUGGGGAAGACGUCGCCCAUCCGCCAAGCCAGCCUGCGGGCGGCUGACACCUUCGAGAGCAUCAACGAGCUGGGGAGCCUGGAGCUGAUGAGCAAAGACCUGGGGCUGGCCCCCUACGGCCCCUUGAAGAAAUCCAUCUCGGCCGACUCGCUCAGCUCCAUCUCCUCCAUCGGGAACAACUUUGGGCAGGACAUCACCGUGGGGCAGGUGGAGGUGUCCAUGGAGUACGACGGGAAGGCGGCCACCUUGCACGUGACGCUGCUGCAGGGCAAGGACCUGCUGGAGAAGGAGGACACGCGUUUCGAGUCCUGCUUCAUGCGCAUCAGCCUGCUGCCGGCCGAGCAGAUCGUCGGCAUCUCCCGGAUCCAGCGGAGCACCUACGCUGUGGCCUUCGACGAGCGCUUCUCCAUCCCGCUGGACCCGGCGGCGCUGGAGGAGAACAGCCUGCGCUUCUCCGUCUUCGGCAUCGACGAGGACGAGAGGAACGUCAGCACCGGCGUGGCCGAGCUCAAGCUGUCCGACCUGGACCUGGCCCUGCGCCCCUUCAACGCCUGGCUCUACCUGCAGGACAUGAACAAGGCGGUGGACACGGUGGGGGAGAUCCUGCUGUCUCUGAGCUACCUGCCCACGGCCGAGCGCCUGACGGUGGUGGUGGUCAAAGCCAAAAACCUCGUGUGGACCAACGGCAAAGUGACCGCAGAUCCCUUCGUCAAAGUCUACCUGCUGCAGGAUGGGAGGAAGAUCAGCAAGAAGAAGACGGCGGUGAAGAGGGACGACAACAACCCCUUGUUCAACGAGGCCAUGAUCUUCUCGGUGCCGGCCAUUGUGCUCCAGGACCUGUCCCUGCGGGUGACGGUGGCGGAGAGCGGCGAGGACGGCCGCGCCGACAACACGGGCCACGUCCUCAUCGGCCCGGCGGCCAGCGGCAUGGGCAUCACCCACUGGAACCAGAUGCUGGCCACGCUGAGGAAGCCCGUGUCCAUGUGGCACCCGCUGCGGAGGAACUAAGGGUGCUGGCGGGGGGAGCCCCGCGCGCCCCGGGACGCUGCACCCCGAUGCCAGCUCUGCCCCGUGGACGGCGGCCGAGCGCUGUGUCCAGAGGUCUGGGGCUGGCCAAAAAGGCAGAGCUGCCGGCACGCCUCGGCCCAAGCAUCCCGCUGCCGAAAGCCUCGACGGGGAGGAUGGAGAAACUCCUGUCCGCAUCUCUCUCCAUCCGCAUGCGCUGGAAGCUACCAAGGGACCCGCCGAGGAAGGACCAAAACCAGCAAAAUCCUCCCCAAACUGCUGCCCGGCUGCCUGCCCGGCUCCUGAGCAUCCUGCACGCCCCCCGCCGGGCUCCUCAAACCAGUGGUGACCCCAGACGUGGCCUCUGGGGACCGCUGGGGGGAACGCGACGGGCUGCUUCGGAAGGCGCUUUUGGGGCAAGCGAGGGGAAAAUGCCGAGGGGGGCGAUAAAUGCUGGCACUGCGCGGUUUCUCUCAACACGUGGGGACUUUCUGCUGGGUUUCGGAGGGAUUUUGGUGCACUGCACCCGGGCUGAACCACUUCAAAUUGCAAGGAAAAAGGGAGAAAUAACAGCAGAAAAAAAACAAACCGUUGUUAUAUAUCUUCUCUUUCCUUCCACCGCCUUUCCAGCAGCAUAAAUCAAGGCAGAUGCUGCUGGCUGCUGACGGGCGUCAGGACUUGACGAGCGGUCUUUAAACCCCUUGGGUUUGAGGUCAAGUCCAGCCUGAGUCAUCCCCUAAAGGUUAAAUGUGAGCAGGGGCACCUGUCCCCACCCCAGCCCUUUUCCCAGCUGAAAUAACUCCUGGGCUCCCCCCACAGCAGGGCCAAGUCCAACAGGCACCAGAGACCUGCCCAGGUUCCUGAUUUUUAAGCCCAUCUCCUGUUUCAGGGGGAAAGGAGGGGAAAAAAAAACCUCUAUGGACACUGUCUGCUUGUGGGCUCCUGUCCCAAGCAAGGUCCUCUGCAUAAAGGUAGCUUUUUUGGGGAGCCGAUUCCCCCAGUUUUCUGGAGGCUGACAGAUGGAGGGAGCUGGCAGGCAAAGGAUGCUCUGGGGACGCGUCCCGUGCUCGCAGCAGAGCCUCGGCUUGUCUCUGCCUGCAGGAUGCCUGCAGAAAGCCAGGCAGGGAAACCUGGGGGGGUGCGUGGGGGCUCUUUGCCAGGGAGCUGGCUCCACGGGGUGGGCUAGGUGAGGCAUUGGGUUGCUUGAAUGAUUUGAGCUGGAAAAAAAAAUAUAAAAGCGUGAAUGAGCCAUUUAGCCCUGAUUAAAGAUAAUACCACGGUGGUACCCUGAGCUGGCAGUGAUUUUCUUCUCUGCUCCUCUGUCUUCCGUCUGACCAUUGUUUUGGCAUGAGGCUGUGAUUGCUCCCCCCCACACACAACCCCUUGCAUGUGCUGCGCUGGCUCCUUCCCCCGUGCGCACCCAGCGCUGCUCGCAGAGGCACAGAUUUUAUUUCUCCCACGCUCUUCCUCCUCCCCACCUCUCCCUCCAGGAGCCCCCAUGUCCCAUCUGCUGCCACCAUGCAGCUGCCGCGUGAGCCGGCGCCGUCCCUCCGCGAGCUGACACAUGGCUGGCUCUGGGGACCGGGGCACAAGCCAAGUGAUGCUCAGCAUCACGUUUGUUUGUUUGUUUGUUUAUUUUUGCACAGCCGGUACUGACAGGCACCAAGAUUUGAGGGGAAAAACGUGCUUAUUAGCUACUUCACCUAGCGUUUGGGAAGAAAGAAAGAAAUAGGAAGGUUUGCCUAACGUGCAGCCCCUGCAAAUUGCUGAGCUUUUUUUUUUUGGUCAGGAUGAGAUGAGUGCCUUCCCCUGGUGUUCAGUGAGGCUGAAAUCGCUGGUGGGCAAGUGCUGCAAAGCUCUGAAAUGCCAAGGCACGUAUGGUUUGGUGGUUUCGCAGCUCCUCUUCCAGUCCCUCCUCUGUGCAGGCUUCUCAGCAGCUUUCCCUUCCUCCUAGAAUGACACUCGUGUGCUGCCCUGGGGACAGUAAGUGGCUUUCUGAGCCACUUCUCGGGGGUGGUUCAAGACGUGUGGGUCAUCAGGACCUCCUCGAGCUAUCGAGGAGAGGGGACAAUGGCGCUGGGGGCUGUGGAGGAGAUGCUACAGAGCUGAGGCUCAGCAGGCAGCAAAGCAGGGUGGGGGAUGGAUUAUUUCGGGGGGUACAGGGCCAGGUAAUGGGUCCAGGAGGGACAGGAGCUGGGGGGACAGAGCUGGAGG